CCGUCAUCCACUUUACGAGCAGCUCUACGAGAACAUACCCAUUUCCCCCGGGACUGUAUCACCUUGAGAGAAAUGGGAUUUUCAGCGAUAAAUGCAUCGGCGCUGGCCAUCCCCGCUAUUGAUGAGGCGUUCGCGGCGGAACCCUCUUUGAAGAGCCGUAUUUAUGAUGCGAUCGGUGCGUUACUAGUCUGUCAGGGAAAAAAAAAGGAAAAGAACAAAACCCCCAAAAAAAGACAAUACAUUGACCAUUCUAUUGUCUUCAUUUUUUACAGGCUCUACACCGCAACAAGCGCCUCUCUUUGAGGAUAUCGCUCGAUACACAUGUACAUUGUUGGCCAGGGAUGCAGGCUCAUCCCUCCAACUCGCACACGAAGCGGCCAACGACGGUCCCGCAGUGAAGAAACGAAAACUGCAGAAUGGCGAUGCGGUAGGAAGCAGUGCGUCAGUAGCGGUAGACCUCAAUACAGAUUCCUCACUGCAGUUCUACAUGAAAGACGUCUCUUUCGCCGUGCCGCAGCGGAAGAAGCUGACGCUGGAACUGACCGCCGGGCGCGGUUACCUUCGAGCAAGGAAUCAAACGUCGAAAGAUGUUGAGUUUGGAGUGCCAAUCGACAAGAUACAACACGUCGUUUGUCUCCCCGUACCGGAAAAGAACCAGCGGCAGUUCAAUCUCUGCGUGAUCCCCCAGUAUGGCGAUGGGAUAAAUCCACCGCCGGAAGGCGAAGCAGCGCUGGAAUCAAUGGUGUGGACGAUUCCUGAUGGACCUGCGAAGGCCGCGUAUUCGGGAACCGGGCAGCAGAUUGGCAACAACAGUGAUGAGAAAGCCGAGAGCCUAGUCCGGCGGGUUUUGAACGAGAAUCUGUCGCAGAUAAAGGUUGUUGGUCCAGAUGAGAGGGAGUUUGUGAGCGCCAUUCCGGAGGCUCAUCGAAAGGGAGAGAAGGUGUAUCAUGUUAAGGCCUUUCGUGGGAGCAAAGAAGGCUACCUAUUCUUUCUGUCUACGGGCAUAUUUUUCGGAUUCAAGAAACCGUUGCUAUUCUUCGCGUUUGAGAACAUCGAAUCAAUCUCGUACACUUCCGUUCUGCAGAGGACCUUCAAUUUGAAUGUAGUUGCACGCCCCACGACUGGGUCCAGGGAUGAGACGCAGGAAUUUGAAUUCUCGAUGAUCGACCAGGCGGACUACAGUGGCAUCGAUGCCUACAUCAAGAGACACGGCCUGCAGGAUGCCAGUCUGGCGGAAGCGCGGCGGGCGAAAAAAUACCAGGGCAAUGGGACGAAACCCGACCAUCGUGGUGAGGGUGCAGUGAAGGAGGAGGAAGUGGAGGAAGAAAGCGAGCUACAGAAGGCUGAGCGCGAGCUGGAGGACUUGGAGGAUGAAGAGGAGGAUGAUUACGACCCGGGUAGCGAUGGGGACAGUGAUGGGAGUGGCACCAGCAGCGAAGACGAGGAAGAUGAUGGAGAGGGAGAGCACGAAGAAGACGAGGAAGGGGACCUUGUGGCGGACGAACUUGGUAGUGAAGCGGAAGAGGUAGCGGCAGAUGAGCAAUGAUGAUGAGGAUGUUCUGUGGUCAACGUCCCGGAUUCAUGCGUGGCUGUUCUAGUAGUACCAAAUAUAGAAGCAUGGAGGUGAUACAUCACAAGCAGACAGGAAGGAAUGCUAUGGCCGGUUUAUCUGGGAUCCAGGAUAUAGUGGCAAUUGUCUUUGCCUUUUGCUGUGGAAGAGUCGAGUAUCUCCAGCGUGUUCUCUACAGACUGUACGGGUAGAUAACCAGCUUACCUAGGUAUACACCGUACAGUAUGACAAGAAUAGCAGUGAAA